AUGGAGCAACCAGACACCCCCCCUCAGACAGGAAACAAAAACCUGGACAACCACAACAAGAAACUCCACCGGCAAACCAUUAACAGAAUCACUGACGAGUUUAUUAUUUUGCCGAACGGACCGCGAAGCCAGGGUAAGGCAACAGAUUCUGGAGCAGAAGCUCGAGAUGGCGGCACGACGCAAGGCGGAGGCAGAGAGGCGCACGAAGGCAAAGGAGGCGGAUUGAUCGCAGGGAUCAUCGCAACACCUCAGGACCAGGACCUCUUGAUCCGACUCGACAACCAAGCGGUGGUGAAACAGUUCAGAGAGGUCGUUGUCAAUCGAAAGCGAGCGUCAGUGGGAGCAAAACCGAGGUUCAAUUGCGCUGCAGAAUGGGCGGUGGUCGCACGGAUAUGCAGCGAGCGCACGGGGUCAACAACAGUCGAGUGGAUCAAGGGCCACAGCGGAAACGAAUGGAAAAGAAAGGCAGAUAUGGCAGCAAAGGAGGCGCAAUCACAAGGGGGAACGACAUGGAAAGUGGACAGAGCCGCCCAGGACGACAUCAAGUACUCGGCGACGAUGGCCGGCGUGAUUCUCGAUCAGGACACGAGACGCGUGCUCAAGAUUCAGGCCGCUAGACGCUGGCACCAGGAGUGGAGGACACUCAGGGAGACCAAGAGAUCGAUUCAAGACUAA